AUGGCUCCGUCAUCAGAGACAACUCCAAGCGCAGCUACCGAAGAAGAAUCACAAAUGUCCAAUCAGAAUCAUGAUGGAGCAAUGAUGGUUGGUGGUGAUGACGAAGAAUCAAGUGCUCCCACUGAAUCAAAUACGCACGAUGCCAAUUCAAGGAAUGUUGUGCUGAGUCAAUCAAUACUAGAUAUCGUGUCCACGAAUUUUGAAGUUGAGAGCCUUCCUGGUAUUAUUCUACGAGGUUGUGAUAAUAACACCGAAUGGACAAUGGAAGAAUUAGAUCAACUAACAAAACAAUUUCAAAUCAUGUAUACAAACGUAAGCAAGAGGAUGAAGAAAAUAAUUGAACAAAUCAGGAAAGUCGAUAGAGAAUUAGAGAAAAAAGGAACAGGUAUUCCUUCAAAUGCAAACUCUUCUAGUAAGAAGAGAAAACAAAUGGAUGAUGAAGAUGAUGAUGACGAUGAUGAGCAGCCAUCGAAACCCACCACAGUCACCCCGACAGCAAGAAGGUGUUUCUCUCCUCUUCAAUCACGAAAGAAGAACGACUAUAAUUCAACAGCAUCAUGGGAAAAGUAUACAAAACGGAGUAAUAGGGGCAACAUCAACAUCAUGGCUCCCGUGUCUCUCAGAUACAACAACAACUUAGCAGCAACCAUGGCAAAUUGCCAUUGUCAAGCAAACUUGGCAUCAAAAAACAUUUUCCAUACGCCGCCUCUGAUGAAUUCUUCCCAAAAACAAAAGCAGGAUCAAGUUCAAUUAUCAGGACUUUUGCUGGCAGCUGCAUCAAUCGACAGGAACAAGAUCAACGAAUCAAACUAUUCUAACAACAAAGUAGAACCAUCAAGCACCUCCCUCAUCUCCUCUGAAUCAACAACAACUACUAUAAUCAACGCUUCUUCAAAUAAUGUACCAUUAUCCUCAACAACAGAACAUUCAAACACAAGCAAUGAUCUUCAACACAUAUCACCAUCGAAUUUAACAUUAGAACCGAGAUAUGCAUCUGACAACAACAACAAUGUAAAUCUGACACUUCCUCCUCUUUCGUCAAUUCAAACAUUGAAUGAUUCUUCUCAUAGUAGCUAUCCCUACACUUGA